CCCCCUUUUUUUUUUCUUAUUAAAGUUUAUUUGUAAAAUGCCAAAUGAGCCCAUCUUGAUUUCUCGGAAACAAUCAUCUAAUACUACUUCAAAUAGUUCACCUCCUCCUUAUUCUAAUAUCUUAGAUGAAUCUGUACAUUCAACAGCAACGAGAAUUAGUCCAACCCAUUCUCAUUUAGAUGAUAGAUCAGCACAAGAUGAUGUAACUGUUUAGUUUAGUUAAAAUUGACCCUAAGCUUAUAUCUUUGGUUUUAUUUUAUUUUUUAGUCUGCAAAUCUGAUAUCUUCACUUCGAUUAAAAUUAAUAACUUCAAGUGCAGAUAGUUGGCAAACAACUCCAUAUGAAUGCAGUUGUGUAUUAGAGGACCGUUUUUUAUUAUUAGGAUAUUAUGAUAGAUUACAAUUAUUAGAUUUAAAAAAGCCAGGAGAUACACUAAGAACGAUUAUAUGGAUACGAGUACGACAGAUGAUUGUGAUUGAAUCCUGUAGACUCGUCUUGAUGAUAGCAGGACGAUAUAAACAAGUAAGAUGUUAUUCGUAUGAUGCACUUUUACGACUUGUAUAUGCUGUGCUUUCACUAGAUUGGUCAGAAAGGCGUGAUAAACAAUUUGAUGUGCCUACUCAACAAAUAUGGGAGCAAAUCACUUCACGAUCAGGUAACAAGUUAUCUGAUGAAGAUCACUGCCCUUCCACAAACGGAUUCAGCUUAAAUUUAAAAGAACGUUUAGUGAAGAAACGAGAAGAAAAAAAAAUGACAUCAAAUGAACCGCUUGUUUUAUGCCCCGGUCUUAUUAAACCAUAUUAUAUCUACAAUAAAUGUGUCCUUCAAGACUUUUAUUAUAAAUUACCCGACUCUCGUGAUGCACAAUGUUUAAGGACCUAUCAAACAAGUACUUAUCUAUUUAUUGCUAUUCAUUGUCGUGAUAAGAUUAUCCUUUGGCAACGGAAGCGUACUCACAUGCCAUGUUCCCUUUUUCGACUUAAAGUCUUUUGGAUUCCAACAGAGGCCAAAUUAAUUUCGUUUGCUGAUGAUCGAAGUGCCUUGAGAUCUAUUAUUGCUGUGUUUGCAAAUGAAGCAACCGUCAUUGAACUUCGAGAUAGCAAAGUCACUACGGUACCCAUCGAUCCUACACUUGAACGUAUUUAUCAAACAACCUGGAUACAGGAUCAGUACGAGCAUCAGCUGCUGUCAUUAUCUCAAUCACUUAUACCCAAUGCAUCUGAUAUGCCUGCUAUCCAAUGGACCUCGCUCGUUCAACUCCCUUUUUAUCCAACUUUACCAGUUACAAGUCUUACAAUCAAUUACUCUAUCCCUCCCUCUUAUACUACUGUAAUGGAAUCAUUACCGUCCACAUCACCUGACCCUGUCGCCCUACCCUCUACUUCAGCACCUCAGUUAUUCUUUGCCACACUUUCAAAACAAAGCUACAUUAUUGACUUGAGUGGGGCUCUCUUUUCGACUCAAGUCUAUAGAUGGUCAGAGACACCACAUCAUAUUGAGUUUCUUCAAUUAAACGAAUGGUGUGUAUUAGGCUUUGGAUCUGAAACAGUAGAAAUUUUAGAUUUUAGGACAGCACAGGUAGUGCAGCGUGUGAUGCAUGGAGCUCCUGUCAAGUUUUUGGGAAGAGGGCAACAAGACAACAUCUUUUGGAGUUGUGCUGCAAUGAAUGAACGAACACAUGUUUACAUGUUAAAAGCAGAAGAUGUAUAAUAUUUUUAUUCCAAUAAUAUACCAAUAAAACAAAAAAAAA